AUGAUUCAAAAUGAAAAUAUAUUAAUAACUGGAUUAACAGGAUAUGUUGGAAGUAAUUUAAUAAAAGUUUUACUUGAAGAUGAUUCAACUAAAAAUAAUAACGUGUAUGCAUUAGUUAGAGAAAAAUCAAGUCAUAGUGAAUUUAUUAAAGAAUUAAUUGAAAAAUAUAAAAAUUUUAAUUUAAUUAUUGGUGAUUUUGUUGAUUUACAAUCAUCAGUCACUUCACAAUCAAAAUGUAUCGAAUUUUUAAAAUCAAUAAUCACAAAUAAUCAAAUAAAGGUAAUAAUUCAUUUAGCAUCAAUGAUGGACUUUUAUCCUAGGAAUUCAAUUGAUUAUUCAAAUAUUCAUAAAACCAAUGUAAUUGGUACAGAAAAUUUAUUAAAAGCAUCAUGUACAUCAACAAUUUUAAAUUCAUCUCCAAAAAUGAAUAGUGUAAAUAAUAAUAAUAAUAAUAUAAAUAAUAAUAAUAUAAAUAAUAUAAAUAAUAUAAAUAAUAAUAAUAAUAAUAAUAAUAAUAAUAAUAAUAAUAAUAAUAAUAAUAAUAAUAAUAAUAAUAAUAAUAAUAAUAAUAAUAAUUCAUCAUUAAUUAGAAGGUUUAUUUAUUGUUCAACAACUGAAACUAUGGGAGGUAAAAAACCAAUUACAGGUAUACCAUUAUCAGAAUUAGAUGACCCAUAUUCACAUCCAAGUUAUUAUUAUGGUGAAACCAAGAGAUUAGCAGAGGAUCAUGUUAGACGUUACGAGAAAAAGUAUGGAUUGGAUACGAUUAUUUUAAGACCAACUGGAAUUUUUGGAAAAGAUGAUCAAUUUAGUAUAUUUGAAUUGAUACAAUCAGUGUCAUAUGGUAUUUUAUUUUUCAUUCCAUCAUUUGCCAAUGGUAAUAUCAUGUAUACACAUAUUGAUGAUUUCAUUCAAUCAAUUAUGUUAUCAAUUCAUAAAGAGAAAUUAGCAACUGAUGAUACUGAUGGAUUACCACAUACCUAUAUAAUUUCACCAGAUAAAGGUUUAACCUAUAAAGAAGCGAUCAUUUUCUUAAAUGAAAAAUUGAAUAGAAUGAAGCCACGUUUAAAAUUACCCGCAUCAAUUUGUUUCCCGGCCAUUAGAGUAUUGGGAUUGCUCAUGUAUUCAUUUAGUAGUAGAAAACCCUUCCUAUUUAAAGCAGCAACUUUGUCAGCAAUGGAAGAAGAUCGUAUCUAUAGUAAUGAACGUGCAAAAAGAGAAUUAGGUUUCAAACCACAAUAUACAUUCAAACAAGGUUUAAAUGUAACAAUUGAAGAGUAUUUAGAAAAUGAAAGAAUUGGUUAUUAUUCAGUCUCACCAUUAUUUAUUUUUACAACAAUAGUUUUAUUAAUUAUUAAAUUUUUAAUUUUAUAA